UCGUACUUAGUACGUGCCAGCAUUAAAUUUUAAGUCUAUAUAUAAUAACUUUGUCUAGAUACGAUAACACAGUAACCUGUAUCAUUUUCAAGCUCAUUCAAUAUUUGUGCAACAAAAAGGAAUAGAGGAAGAAGAAAGAUCAAAAAGUGUCCUAUAAUAAAAUGGAGAAGUACUCGGGGAUUAUUCUUCUUCCAAUAUUGAUGAUUUUUGCUGCAAUGAGCUUGAAUGCAGGUUACGCAAACGCAGCGGUGUUUUUGCCACCGGAGGAUAAGCCAUUGGUGAGGCAUUACUAUAAGAAGCUGAAUACGUGUGCCAAUGUGGAGCCAUUUGUUCGUCACCAAGUGAAGCUAUAUUGGGACAAGGAUAAGACUAUUACUGCUAAACUCCUCAAGUUGCUCUAUGCUGAUUGCAUGGUUAAUGGUUGUGAUGCAUCAAUUCUGUUAACUGGUCCAAACACAGAGAGAAAUUCAUCAAAAAAUGCAAGGCUGGAUGGAUACCUAUUGAUUGACAAAAUAAAAACAGUGCUUGAAAUUCGAUGUCCUGGAGCUGUUUCUUGUUCUGAUAUUCUCAAUCUUGCUGUUAGGGAUGCCGUUCAUUAUGCAGGUGCACCAUCUUAUCCAGUAUUCUUGGGAAGAAGGGAUGGACUAGAGUCAAAAGCUGAAUGGAUAGAUUACCCUUCACCUUCCAUGUCUUGGGAGGAAGGACUUGCUUACUUUGAAUCCAAAAAUCUUGAUGUUCAGGACUUUGUCACACUUUUAGGGGCACAUACAAUGGGACAAGCACAUUGCAGUAGCUUCUAUGACCGUCUUUACAAUUUCAAAGGUACUGGAAAACCAGACCCCAGCAUGAAGAGAUCUGUGUUAGUAAGCCUUAGAUCACAGUGCCCGAAAAACAGCAUAACUGAUUCGGCUGUGUAUUUCACGCCAGAAUAUGGUUCGAACUACACAUUCAGUAACAAAUUCUACACUAAGAUUCUUGCUCAUGAAUCUCUUCUUAGAGUUGAUCAACAACUAUCUUAUGGAGGUGACACAGGUGAACUAGUCAAUGAAUAUGCAAACAGUUUCGAGCAAUUUCGAAGGGGAUUUGCAUUGUCAAUUAACAGGAUGGGAGGUCUCAAAGUGUUGACUGGUAAAAAUGGCCAAAUUCGCAAAGACUGCAAGUUCAUAAAUAAGAACAAUCCUAAGAUCAACUAGGCUUGGUUUCCAAGAUUCAUCUUUUUAGUGCAUGCAUAAUAAUACUGGCCAAUGAAAAGUUAUGUCAUUGCUUAUGCUACUGAUAACCAGAGAUCCAUUUUGUUACUUUGGCCAUGAGGGACAUUAUAUUGUAAUAAUUGAAGACGUUAGAAGUUGAUUAAUAAAGAUGCCGAAAAACACUUUUUUCUCUUUAAAUUGUUCAAUUGUAGAAUGUAUAAUAACAAUGAUGU